CAGGCGCGGGAGCGAGCGCAGGACGGUGCGCGAAACCGGGCCGGCCACGUAGCGCUGCAGCCGAAGGGAGAGAGAGAGAGAGAGUCCGUGUGAGAGAAAGACAGGGGAGUUAAAGUAGAAUAAAAAAACAACAACAAAACGGAUAGAGAUUCAUGUAAACAUACAGAUAAUAAAACAACGAGGGUUUCUGAAAUAAGCUUAUUGCGCAUUCGUUUUCCCUGAGCAACACAGUAAGUGUCAGAGAAUGUGGAGAGAGGGCGCUCUCGCCGGGUUUGCCGUGGAUAAUGUUUGCGAAGUGUCGCCUAUGGCUGCUAACUCAAGGAGGACUGUUUUCUCAAGUCAUAUCCAGCAGUUAAGCUAAAAACACCAAAUCCUGCUACAAGAUGAUUAGCCCUUGCUGCUGGUGCUGCUGCUGCUAACACACAGUAAAGGAAUACUACAACCAGAGAAGAAAAUAAGUAAAGAAUUGCUUUCACACGAAAGAACAAGAUGACUAGAUAAAAUACUGUAUAGAUGUAUUAAAGUGUAUAUAUAAACAUAUAUAUGUAACAAUCCCAUGUAAGCCCUCUUGUGAACUAUUUUUUGUUCUGCGCUGUUAAAGGAGCCAUCUACGUUGCCUUCCCCUCUCCCUUUUUGCCCCUCCCCUACCCCAACCCAGAACACUGCUAAUGAAAUCUUACCAAAAGCCAAAGGACGGGCAUACGAUACAGGGUGCUGCUGGGAUGGCCCAGGAGGAGAGCCGUCGAACCCAAGUCCCACCUUCUUACUACCAUGGUGCAGCCCAAGAGCUUGACCUGUCCACCAAGCUCUACAAAAAAGAGUGCAGCGGGAAGCCGUACUCUGUGCUGGUGGACAACAAGAUGAGCAAGAGCCCUCUGGCAGAGGUGCUGCCCCAGCAACAGCAGCAGCAACCCUACUACAGGGAAGGGGGCAAGGGGACACAGGAAGAAGGAGGAAGAGGAGAAGCAGGAGCAGGGCAGCCCUUGACAGGGGACAGGGAAAGCUCAGAGGAGACAGAGGAGGAGGAAGAGGAGGAGGAGGAGGAGGAGGAGGAGGAGGAGGAGGAGGAGCAGUCUUUCAAGAGGGAGCAGAUCAUCGUGGAGGUGAACCUCAACAACCAGACACUGAAUGUCUCCACGGGUGAGAAGGGCCUGCCCUCGCAGUGCGUGAUGAAGUGCAGCGAUGAGGAGGAGGAGGAGGGGAUCAACGAGACCCCGGAAGAGGAGGAGGAGGAGGAGGAGGCGGCGGCGGCGGCAGAGGAGAAUGGGAGGCAGAAGGGGAGAACCAAGAAGGCAAAGAGGAGUGGCGCCCACCCCCCGCGCAGGACCAGGAAGGCGGCCAUGGCAGCUGCCAGCGCGGUGGCAUCCUGCGUGACCAGGAGGGGCCGCAGGAAGAGCUCGGAGCCCCCCAAGAGAAAACGCAGGGCCACACCACGCGAGAGCAAGGGCUCCCCGGCCACGCCCACACACCCCUCCCCCUCCUCCUCCCCCACCAGCGCCAGUGCCGCCUCUCAGAAGGGCAAGAGCGGGGCUGGGGGCGAGGAGAAGGAGCCGCUGACUUGCGAGAAGUGCCCGCGGGUCUUCAAUACGCGCUGGUACUUGGAGAAGCACAUGAACGUCACCCACCGGCGCAUGCAGAUCUGCGACAAGUGCGGGAAGAAGUUUGUGCUGGAGAGCGAGCUGGCGCUGCACCAGCAGACAGACUGCGAGAAAAACAUCCAGUGCGUCUCCUGUAAUAAAUCCUUCAAGAAGCUCUGGUCCUUGCAUGAGCAUAUCAAGAUUGUCCACGGCUAUGCAGAGAAGAAGUUUGCCUGCGAGAUCUGUGAAAAGAAGUUCUACACCAUGGCUCAUGUCCGGAAGCACAUGGUUGCGCACACCAAGGACAUGCCCUUCACCUGUGAGACCUGUGGGAAGUCAUUCAAGCGCAGCAUGUCCCUGAAGGUGCACUCACUGCAGCACUCUGGAGAGAAGCCUUUCAGGUGCGAGAACUGUGACGAGCGCUUCCAGUACAAGUACCAGCUGCGCUCCCACAUGAGCAUCCACAUCGGGCACAAGCAGUUCAUGUGCCAGUGGUGCGGGAAGGACUUCAACAUGAAGCAGUACUUCGACGAGCACAUGAAGACACACACCGGAGAGAAGCCGUUCAUCUGUGAGAUCUGUGGGAAGAGCUUCACCAGCCGGCCCAACAUGAAGCGUCACCGGCGCACCCACACAGGGGAGAAGCCGUACCCCUGCGACGUGUGCGGACAGCGCUUCCGUUUCUCCAACAUGCUCAAGGCACACAAGGAGAAGUGCUUCCGGGUCACCAGCCCUGUCAACGUGCUCCCGGUGCUGCCCAUCCCACUGCCCAUCACCACCGCGGACCCCCCUGCCCCGGCCUCUCCCUCCCCUCCCCCACCCACCCCCACCCCCCUCUCACACCUCCACCUGCACCCCCACAGCCACCACGGGGGGCGCCGGGACCACCCCACACACCACCUGGCCGUGCCCACGGUGUCUCA